AUGGACAACGGAACCACGGCAACCGACAUCAUCACCUACAUUGGCGUUCCCCUGGCAGUGCUCGGUGUCCUCCCAAUUCUAUACACGUCUUUUCGAGCUCUCUGGACACAGCGAUCAAUCCGGUCCACUCUGAAACGACAUGGACUGCUAGAAUCUGCGUUUACACGCGUCAGUCUGAUCGGAGGUAUUGUCGAGGUGGAGCUGCCGCGGUGCACCGUCACCCCGCUCGAUCGCGAGUCCGACGCCGAUUACUGGAAAUUGAACGCGCUUCAUCUGCCACUAAAGGGCGGCAGUUGGUCGCUCUUUCACUGGAACCGCUUGGUCACGGGGAGAGUACUUUGUCGCUGCCAGUUCAAAGAUGAAUUGACCAUCCCGCAGGCGGAUGUGGAUUUCGAAGACCUGGUCGCGUUCUUGCUCGAUCGUGGGGCUGUUCCUGAUCCCCAUGGAUGGCAUGUGCUGAGGACGGUCGGUCUCUGGGCACCGCCUGGCACUGUCGUUCUGCGCCCGCCGCAAGGCAUGUCCGGAGCGGUUCUUACUGUUGCAGCUCCGGAUGACUCGGAUGGUGUAUUGAGCUUGCAAGUCAACUGGAAAUCGCAGUGGGACCUGAGGAACUCUAACAGUUUACCUCCUUUCUGGAUGAGACUUGGACAACCAAGGUUCGCCAAGACGGACGACGACGACGACGACGACGGGGUCACUUCUGCAUCGGUGUCUGAAGCAAAGAAUGUUGCCGGGCCAGAAAAAUCACAGGAGAAGCCAUUAAGUCGGCAAAAUACGCUUGUUGCCGAUUCCACCGCAGAGUCGAGCUCUUCGAAGCCAGCGUCGCUUCUUGACGAGGUUGAGCGACUGAAAGCUCUGACUACGAAAUCCGACUCGGACAGCGUUCGAUUUAAGAUCGAUCAAGACCACGUCAAGCGCGUGCUCUUCGAGAGUAAAGGCGGCUCAACUGGUGAACAACGAGAGCUAUCCAGUCACGGAGACACAUUUGACCUCUGGUUUGCCUGUGCAGCGUCCGCGUUGAGCCAAGAUGGAUACUCGGGGAUAUGGAACUUUGCCAUACCGAGCAAUAUCACCAAGUUUGCAAGACAAAAGUCCGUUCCCUGCGGCGUGAUGGUUGUCCUUGGUCAUUUGAGCGAAGAUAACGUUCCACCAUGGGCAUCGCCGCCACCCUCGGCAACCGAAUCCCAGGCUGAGGUUCACCAGCGAAUGCAAGAAGAUUCAUUAGCCCGACGAAUGGAAAGCGCCAUGCCGCCCGCGCAAGCCGCAGAAGCAAGACAGGUCAGAAUGCUGCGCGAUUCACAACGCUUCCACAACGGACAUAUCAAGAGAAUACAUGCGCUGGAGGAGUAUCAGCAGCGACGACUGAUUGAAGCUAUCCAAUCGCCACGGCUUGACAACAUGGUCAUCGCCGAGGCUAACCUUGCCUAUCUAAUUGGUCAAGAGAUCGUUCCGAGCGAUUACACCCUUGAUGAUCUGGCACGCGCUGUGCUGUAUCUUAUGGUUCUGGACGAAGCCCAGGCGAAGCUGAUUGCGGAUAUUCUUGAGAGAUGGAUGUUGUGGUGGCAAUUUGGAGGGAUGCAGAAGGUUCAGUUGACCUUGUUGAUAGAGAAUAAGGUUACUUUUUGUUAUGCUUCUGCGCUGGUUGCUGUCGUGCAGCGGGCGAAUUCGGGGGAUGGAAAUUUGUCUUCGGAUAUGCUGGACUGUAUGAGAUCGUGGAGGAGAGUGAGAUUGGGGUGA